GGGCAGCCCGGCUCCAGACCUGCCCGUGCCCUGCCCUGCCCUAUUGCAGACCACGAGGAACGGCCGGUCCCUCCCCGGUCUGCCCCGGUGGCUGUCGCUGUCCCGGAGAGGGCCGGGGCAGGCCCCGCUCCAGCAGCCCGGCCCCGGGGAGCCCCCGGCUUUGGUAGUGGGAGAACGGCUGCGUCCCCGCCCGGGCACCGCCCGAGAAGCGGCUCUGAGCGUCCCCCGCUUCCCCCGGUCCCCGGGCCGGUCCCCGAGCCCCGGCACUGCCUGUUGGGCCGAGGCCGGGCCCCGGCUGCUCCCGGGGGCGCGGGGUCCCCGCGGGGCCAGCCGGCCUCAGCCUACCGUGCCCCGGGGGCCGGGCCGGAGCACCGCCCCGUUGCCGGCCGCCGCCGCCGCGUUUCCGGGGCGGGUGAGGGGCUUCCUGCGGGCAGGCAGCGACCGCUGCGGCCCCCGGUUCUGCUCCCGGUUCUCCGCCCGGCCCGGCCCGGCCCGGCCCGUCCAGCCGCCGGGAUGAUCAACGCCAUCCUGGUGUUCAACAACCACGGCAAGCCGCGGCUCGUCCGCUUCUACCAGCACCUGGCGGAGGAGGUCCAGCAGCAGAUUAUCCGAGAGACUUUCCACCUGGUGCUGAAGCGGGACGACCACAUCUGCAACUUCCUGGAGUGCGGCAGCCUGUUUGGCGGCUCGGACUACAAGCUGAUCUACCGCCACUACGCCACGCUGUACUUCGUCUUCUGCGUGGACUCCUCGGAGAGCGAGCUGGGCAUCCUGGACCUCAUCCAGGUGUUUGUGGAGACGCUGGACAAGUGCUUUGAGAACGUCUGUGAGCUGGACCUCAUCUUCCACAUGGACAAGGUUCACCACAUCUUGCAGGAGGUGGUGAUAGGCGGCAUGGUGCUGGAGACCAACAUGAACGAGAUCGUGGCGCAGGUGGAGGCCCAGAGCAAGCUGGAGAAGGCAGAGGGGCUGGCGGUCACUGGUCCCUCCCGUCGGCAGGGAGGCCUCUCGGCCGCUCCUUCCCGCGCGGUCUCGGCUGUCAAGAACAUCAACCUGCCAGAGAUCCCUCGCAACAUCAACAUCGGAGACAUCAACAUCAAAGUGCCCAACCUGUCACAGUUCAUGUGAGCGUCCCGCGGCGGGGAGGGCUGCCCACGCACGCGGGCCGUGGCCUGGGCUGGCUGGGGAGAGGAGCUGGGCUCCCCUCGCCUCCCCCUGCCCCUUGUGGGUCUCUGCCCGUGCGGCACACAGCGGGCCCGGUGUGCUGCCGGGGUGCCUGGGCUGGCCGGCAGAGGGUAGGGAGCGGUGAUGGGGCUUGGCAAGAACGGGGUGGUGCUGUCCGCCUGUCCGUCACCUUGGACCUGGGCUCGGUUCUGCUCUCUGGUCUCCCAACGACAAGGGUGGCCUUUCUUCUCCUCCCUCCCUGUGGAUGCACAGCCUCUGUCCUUGCUGUGGGAGGAAGAGCCAGGUCCUGCCUCUCCCAGAACUUCUUGGGAUUCCCAGUUGUAAAAAUGCAUCUAUAGCUGAUGGCUCCCGCAGAAGCCAAAGGUUGUCAUCUCCACUGUCCCCCCUGGGCUGGGCUGUCCCCUGCCCAGCAUCCCCGCACCCGCCCUGGUCCUGCUCGCUGGAUCUGGCACCCCAGGCUGGGAUUGGUACCAGCCUGGUCGGGGUUGCUCAUCAAAGCUGCUGCGAGCUCUGGAGCUGGGGCCAGCGCGGGUGGUACCUGCUGGACCGGGAGAUGCCGGCAGUGAGGGAAGGGAGCUGCCUGCUGCCUCUGCCUGGGCUGGCAGCUGGGUUGGGGCCAGGCCAGGCUGGGGCCUCCUCGAGCAUGUCCCUGUGUCCUAAUAAACCACUGUGUG